CCUAACCUAUAACCAAAGUCUCCUUUUAAUUUGUUUUUAAAAAAAAGCGCUUGUCCCGUAUGCCGAAGUUGCCCCAAUCUCCCCUAAUAAAGAGAAUUUUUUCCAGUAUAACGAGAGCGAUCGGAAAAGUUAUAAACAUUGGAAAUUCCCGUAGACACCUGGUCUUAAAAACAACCUGUCGGGUCCUUUGAUGUAUACUGGUGAUGCAACGAGAGAGACAUUCGACAUCGACCACUAUCCCUUUGAAUUUAACCGCCUGCCUUUAUGCACACCUACUCUACUUUUAAUACCCAUACUCGUAUUCGGUUUCUUCCGGGAGGAGCGGAGUAAAGAUCCGUCCCCCCGAUUUUUGUUUUUGUUUUUUAUUUCUUCUACGGGUCGGAGGACGAUUCGGGUAAUCGAACCCCGCAAAGGGGCCGACUGACGCCUCCUCCUCUUUGGUUGUCCGGCGCCCGGGGGUCCGGCGGCGCCACCGUCGCCGGUUAUAAGAGAACGCCCGUCCGCAGGUGUCGUCAAUCAUGUUCUACACGCUACUAGUGACUUGUUCUAUACUGUGUUUCGGACCCAGCUGUCAGGCCUCCGAUCUGCCGGUCUGGGCCUCGGCUGCCCUGUCCCUGUUGCGACCCGAUGGGGAAGUCAAUCUCUACCUGGCUCCGGCCGACACGCGGGGAACCCUUCCUGUGGUGUUUCCCGACGGGUGGACGAUCCGGACUCCGGGCCACGUUUUGCUGCUUGAUCCCUCUCCAGGAGUUCCUUUCGGUCAUCCCGUCUUCCUCUUCUUCGGCCUGUCUUCCUCCGACGUCGCUUCCUGCCGGAAAGGUGCGGGACGUUACUUAGGAGACGGUCGCUGUCUGAUACCCGUCUGCCGCAACGGGACACCAGAAGACUUUCCCCGUCCUUCCUGCCACUUCGACUUCCUACCUCUAGUGACCGCCGGACCGGAUUCCCCCCGCCAGGAUCGACAGAGACUCGUCUGCCAAGACGAUCUUCCGGGUUUCUCUCCCUGUCCGCGCCUCAGACCGUUGGAACAGAGGCGGAGUCUCUUCUGCGACCAUCUGAGAUCCAAUCGACGUCGUUGCCCCCCUCUGGCUGCCUGGCGCUCGGGUUGCGGGCCUGCCGACAGGAGGGGUCGGGCCCUGCUUCUGUCGGGGGGUUGGAACGGACAGACAACCGACGCCGAUCAUCCCGAUCGACUGAAAAACUUCUACCUGAAGCUGCGAGAGAACGGAUAUCGUCCCGAUGACGUCCGCAUCUUCUUCGCUAACGGAGCAAACGACGCUUCGGGCGAGAUGGCUCCCGUCUAUCCCUCCAGCCUCAAGUCCGAUUUCCGCUUCCUGUUGAAGAGGACUUGCAAGAGCGUAUGUCUGGACACGCUGCUUGUUUACCUUAACAGCCCGGCAACCCGCAACGGAUCCAGUCUUCUAUGGGAUGCAGACGGCGACGGAAAGGUGGACCCGGACGAGGAAUACUCGGCGGCGGAGUUGUCGUCGGAUUUGGAAAACUGUCGCGCGGGUCGGGUGCUUCUGUUGCUGGAUCAGAGCUUCUCCGACAGACUGGUCGACGCUAUCUCCCCUCCUUCUCGAUAUCGCAACAUCUUCGUCUUCUCCGGAGAAAAAGUCCACGAGUUUCGACAAGGAAACCAACUUGAUUCGACUUCCACGUCUUCUCUUCCUCCCUUCUCUGCCCUUUCUCCCGCGCACGAGAGGACGACUCUUCCAACCUCCUUAAGAAGAACGAUGGCGGCCGUCACCGGAAUACGAGUACGUCCCAGUCUUUCCUCCGAGGAAACGGAGAGGAAACUUUCGUCCUAGAACGAGAGGCGAAGACUCCGAUUUCCUAUUUAUUUUUUUCCACCAAAUCCUAUUGUUUAUACUAAAUAAAAGAACUGAACGUGUGCCACGGUGCUCCUUCCUCCCGAAAAUACGAACAAACGAAUCGUCCGAAAGAGAAUCCGCAGAAUCCCUACGGGGAGAAAGGGAAAAUCCUGAGAAAUUUCUGCCGAAAAGGGGAGUAAAUGAAGGAAAAGGGUUGAAGGGAACGGCGGAUCCGCCGUAUUUAUUUAUUUAACGGAAGGAAUAUUGUACGGAGAGUCGACGCCGAAGAAACCGUCGAUCUUCUCCCCCGUAAUUUGGACUUUUUAAUAAA